AUGAGCGUAGAUAAGAACAUUACUUUGUCUUUAGAUGAAUAUUGUAAAUUAAAGAGCAAUUCAGAACAAAUGAGAGAUAAAGAAAAAAAUAUAGAAGAGAUGAAAAUAAAAUGCUCAAAAGCAGAAGAAGAAGUGAAAAGACUAAAACAAGAGAAUCUUCAACUGCGAGAAAAUGAUGAAAAGAAAGAACUAGAACUAGCAACACAAAAAGUUCAAUUUGAAAGAAUUAAAAGUGAAAUUGAAAAGACUAAACAAGAGAAAGCAUUGUUAGAGACUAAGUUGGAGUAUAUGAAUAGGGAUCUAAUGACAUUAAAAAAACAAUACAAUGAAAUAAAUGAUGAAAUAAUAGGACUUGCUCUUGUUGGAGGAGAAGAAUCAAAUACAACACAAUUAUUUGAAAUGAAAGGACUCUCAUUAGAAAAAGAAGAACGGAAAAAGCCACGUCAACCAACAAAAGAAAGAAAAAAAGAAAUUAAAAAGAAAACAGUUAUUGACGAUGAUGAAACAGAUACUAUUGAAGAUAUAACACUAAAAACAAUGAGAGAACAUAGUGAAGAAAAAAAAGUAGAUUUAGAAGAGACUGAAGAAUUGUCUACAAGUGUUUUAUUUAAAAAUCCCCAAAAAUGUGUUUUUGAUGUAAAUUACAAUUUAGUUAUUGAUGUCAUGAAAAAAAUAAUAGAACAAGGAAAGAGUGUUGCAAGAAUCAAAGGAUUUCCAAGUAUUCUUGCAGUAGAUGUUUUUAAAGAAUAUACUCGAUUAAAAGGAAUUAAUAUUUAUGAUGGAAUUAAAGGAGAAAAAGAACGUAAAAACCAUUUAAGAUAUAAUGUUGGUAGUUUUAAUAAAUGUUUAAAAAAACUUGAAGAUGCUAGACUAAAAAAGGGAUUUCCUGAAACAAUUCGAGUUGUUACAUCUUGUUAUGUAUACAUUCAAUGCAUUGGUGAUCAAUUUAAAGUAAAGCCAUCAAAUUCUACCAAUUCAUUAUCGAAUUGA